UGACCAGAAGCUAGUAGAGCAUUGCGGUUCCAAAAAAAAAUAUUUUUUUCUUAUUUUCGUCUUGUUUUUGUUGAUGAAAAAAAAAAUAAAUUAAUUUAGUGUAACAAAAAUAAAAGAAAAAGAUAAAUGGAAUUUUUACUGUUGGCAGUAGUGAUAUCAAAAAUUUUAAAUUGUUAUGCAAAAGAUGAAAUACUCGAGUUAGUCACGCGUUCAGGCUAUAUUGGUAGUUUUCAUGAAAUUGAGACAGAAGAUGAUUACAUUAUUGGUGUUCAUAGAAUUCGAUCGAGGAAUUCGACGUCGAAGAAAUUUCCAGUAUUUUUAAUGCAUGGAUUUAUGACAACGCCGAUGAGCUUUUUAAUAACCGGGAAGAAAAAUUCACUUCCAUUUAUCUUAGCUGAUAAUAAUUACGAUGUGUUCUUAGGCUCACGACGAGGCACAAAAUUCGCAACAAAACAUAAGAAAUUGUCAACAGAAUCGAAAGAAUAUUGGAAUUUUGAUUGGCACGAGAUUGGAUUUUAUGAUCUCAAAGCGAUUAUUGACUUUACAUUGAAGACGACAAAUAAAUCAAAAUGUUUCUAUGUGGGAUAUUCGCAAGCCAAUACAGAGUUGCUAGUGCUAUUGUCAUCACGUCCGGAAUAUAAUAAUAAAUUAAUUCAAGCACACAUGAUGUCAUGUGCGACUGCCCUUCCAAAUGUUCAUGAGCUAGGACAGCUAUUAAGUCCUGUAAUAAUAAAUUACGCUCAAAGUAAUCGAGACCUGAUGUACAUAAAUAUGGAAUCAUUAAUUCCGCUACAAAUGGAACUAGCAAAAAUGCUCUGUAAUUCAGUGAGGCCAUUGAGAGUUGAAUUAUGUAAAAAUAUUAUAUUUUUUAUGGUCGGACGUAACCGUCGAUCAACGGAAAUUAAUCCAGCAACUUAUGUUACUAUGUUUAAAUAUUUAUCGCCAAAAAUUGGAGUAAAGCAGCUUCUGCAUUUUGCUCAAAUCAUCAUGUCAUCAAAGUUUCGACAAUACGACUAUGGUGCUGACAAAAAUCUACGAAUUUAUAAUUCAACAAUACCGCCUGGAUAUCAUCUAGAGAAUGUAAAUGUUCCUCUCUACUUUUAUGUCGGUGAAGAAGAUUCGAUUUUUAAUAGAAAGGACUCUGAAUUCUUGGCGAAGUCACUCAAAAAUGUAGCUUACUACAAGAUGAUACCAAAUUACAACCACUUUGAUUUUAUUUAUGGUCAAAAUUCCCAUAAAUUAUUAUACAAGGAUAUUUUAAGGUUUUUCGAAAACAUACAAAACGAUGUGUAAGAGUCAAAAAUUAGAAUUUUUUGUAAAUAGCCAAUUAGGAUGUAA